AUGGCAGUACCAAAGCAGGAGUGCUUAAUACUUUUUGACUUUGAUGAUGAAGAAGAUGAUGAUAUAAACUUUACUGAGAACGCUCUUUCUGAAGAAAAGAGCCCAGCACCUGACAAGGAUGAGGAUAAAUCAUCUUCUGUAGAAACAGAUGAAGAUAUGGGAGAUGAAAUACACAGUAUGUUGGAUCAAUUUGGAGGUGUGCACUUGUAUGAACAAUUAUGUGGGAGCAUGUGGCAGCCAGAGUUUGAAAUUGGAAUGUCUUUGUCAAUCACACUAAAGGUUUACAAUAAGUAUUACCAGCAGUUUAUGGAUCUGUUUAAGCAGUGGGACUUGGAUAAGCAGAGAUGUGAAAAACAGCGAGACAACCUAAUUGUUGGUUGGUGGCGAUACCACCAUUGUAAACCUUGUACCACCUUGAACAGUGGAUGCUUUCAUGGGAAGAACAUGUCUGAAGAAUCAUCGCAAGAACAUCAUAUAGAUAACUCCAAAUUCAAGUCUAUUCAGGGAGUUGUGACCUCUCUGUGUAAUGACUAUGGCUGGAUUAAUGAAACCAUCUUCUUCAAUACCGAUGUAAUCAAUGAUAACGUGCUUCUGAACAUAGGGACAAAUGUCCUUGCACUUGUGGAAAAAAAACCAAGAAAUCAUAUCUUCAAAGCAAUCAAGGUGAAAGCUAUGAAUAAUCUUCCUGAGGGCAGUGAGCCAUCAAAACUUGGCAGAAGGUUUUGUAUCAAAUGUGUCACCUCUGUAACUGAAGACAACAUCUAUAUCAGCAAGGACAGGUUUUUCCAAUUAUGCAUGUUUUCUGGAGGAUUCAGGCCAUUCAAUGGAGAUUUGCUGCUGGUUGAGUAUUCCAUGAACCCGGGCACUUCAAACAUGAAUAUCCACUCUGCAAGCCCCCUCAACUCUCAGAAUAUGGAAGAGGUCUGUGUUACCAGCAUUGAUGGAAGAAAUGGAAUGGUGGAAUCUACCAUUUUUUUUACCCUCGAUUCUCUCCACAUACCUUCUGGGUAUAUACCAGGAUUAUACGACAUAGUGGAUGUUGUUGCUGUGGACACUAUGCAACCACACUGUUCUUGGAGAGCAGUAUCAAUGACCCCACUGGAAAUGGUGAACUAA